GUGAUACGUUUCUGUCGGCUUUAGUUUUUCAGAUUUAUUAAAAAUAAUAUUUUUCAAAGAAAAGUACUGAAAGCACUAACGAUGCCCAAAGAUAAUUUGAAAGACAAGUUGGAAGGGAAUGAGAUUGAUCUCAGCCUUAACAAUCUAACAGCAGUGCCUGUGAAGGAAUUGGCAGAAAUACCAAAAGCUACACACCUAGAUUUGUCAUGCAAUCUAUUGGCGGAUCUCCCAGAUACAUUCUGCUCACUGACUUACUUGGUCAAAAUUGACUUGAGUAAAAACCUGCUGACCAGUCUACCAGAUGAUUUUGGAAAUCUCACUCGUCUGCAAUACCUGGAUCUCUUGGGCAACAAACUCACCGUUCUGCCAGUCAGUGUGUACCAGCUGACCAAACUCAAAUGGCUUGAUCUCAAGGAUAAUCCUCUGGCUCCGGAGUUUAAGGCAAUUGCUGGUGACUGCCUUGAUGAAAAACAGUGCAAGAAGUGUGCAAAGGAUAUUGUCGAUCAUAUGCGUAUAGAACACAACCGUAUAGAAAAGAAACUGCAGAUUCAGAGGGAUGAUGAAAAGAAGCGUAAGGCAGCAGCAGAUGCAGAGUUUGAAGCUGAGAGAAAACGAAUUGCAGAGGAAAAGAAGCGCAAUAAAAAGAAGCGGCAAAAAGGCCAGAAACAAGCUAGCACAACUCCGGAAGUACAACCAAAAAAAUCAGGGGAAACAAUGGCGCCUAUCGAGAAGAAGAAACAAAAGAAUCCACAAAAGAAAGAACAAAAAAGUGGAAAUUGCUGCUUCAAGUUACUGUGUGGAUUUGUCUUCAGCCUGGCAUUGAUUGCAUCAGCACUUUUUGGCACUCUAAUGUACUGUCAAUACAACUCAGGGAGCAAUUUUUGUGAAAUCAUACAGUAUGAGAGUACUGUAGUUCCAUUUAGUCGUGCUUAUGUGAUUCCGUAUGUAGAAAAGGCCCAGGGCUUUGCCCUGAAUGCUCAAGAGGAGAUAACUGUUGCUGGCCAAAGAUGUUCAAUUUGGAUUCAGGAAAAUGGCCCAAAGUUCACUAGCUUUGUAAAGGAAAAAUGGAAUGAUGUUUCAGGCUAUGUUGUGGAAAAAUGGAAUGAGUUUUCCGCCCUUGUUGAAUGGCAGUACAAGUCUUUCUUAGGAAAGGGUGAGGAGGAACCUGCCCGAAGACAGACUGGAGGAGAAAGUAAGACCAAAGGAAAACCUACUACAACUCCUAAGCCAACAACAACUACACCUAAAUCAACAACAACCACCACAACUACACCUAAACCAACAACCACCACCACAACUACACCUAAACCAACAACAACCACCACAACUACACCUAGACCAACAACCACCACCACCACAACUACACCUAAACCAACAACAACCACCACAACUACACCUAAACCAACAACAACCACUACAACUACACCUAAACCAACAACAACCACCACAACUACACCUAGACCAACAACCACCACCACCACAACUACACCUAAACCAACAACAACCACCACAACUACACCUAAACCAACAACAACCACCACAACUACACCUAAACCAACAACAACCACCACAACUACACCUAAACCAACAACAACCACCACAACUACACCUAAACCAACAACAACCACCACAACUACACCUAAACCAACAACAACCACUACAACUACACCUAAACCCACUACCACAACUACACCUAAACCAACAACAACCACCACAACUACACCUAAACCAACUACCACAACUACACCUAAACCAACAACAACCACCACAACUACACCUAAACCAACAACAACUACACCUAAACCAACAACCACCACAACUACACCUAAACCAACAACCACAACUACACCUAAACCAACAACCACCACAACUACACCUAAACCAACAACCACCACAACUACACCUAAACCAACAACAACCACCACAACUACACCUAAACCAACAACCACCACCACAACUACACCUAAACCAACAACAACCACCACAACUACACCUAAACCAACAACAACCACCACAACUACACCUAAACCAACAACAACCACCACAACCACACCUAAACCAACAACUACAACUACACCUAAACCAACAACAACCACCACAACUACACCUAAACCAACAACAACCACCACAACCACACCUAAACCAACAACUACAACUACACCUAAACCAACAAAAGCCCCAGAAAAGGAUCAAAAUAAAGUAGAUGAAACUAAUCAGGAAAUAAAGGCUGGUUUAAGUGAGCAGGAAGGUGGUGAAAAAGUUGUAAAAGUUGGAAAGCGAAGAAAACCGAAUAACUAGGUUGUACAUGUAUAUUGUCUAAAACAAUUAUGUUUUACUUUAGAAGAUGUAUUCAGUUGUUGGUGUUACGACUACUUAUUUUACUGGUUUUAAUGGCUGGCCUACAGCUUUUAGAUUCAUUUACAUAAUAAACUUCACACUUACUUGAGAACGUAUUUAAUGCAUGCUUUCACAGCAUAUUAACACUUUUCACAGAAUAUUAACACUUUAUAACUGUAUUCCAGAGCAUACUGGUGACGGGAAUACGUGAUGCAUAUAUAUAAACCUAACAUACUUUCUACAGAGGAAACAGCAACAGGACAGUUAAGGGUGUUGAUUUUCGAACCCCAACUUUUUGUUGUCUGCUGGUUGCCUCGGUGCUCUCGGCAACAGUAUUUUAUAUAAUGCUUUUUUUGCUUUAAUCAAAUGAUGAGUAAUAUUUUCUAGAAGUGCACAUACUUUAUUUGAUAUUAAUUCUGUUGUUGAGUUGUAAAUAUUAUGUAUUAUUUUGAUGGAGAUGGUACUCAAGUCAAAUUUAUUAAUUGUUAACUUAAUUAAUGAUUGGACGUUGAAAUGAAAAUAGUUCCGGCAGAUGGAUUGAAAUAAUAUCAAUUUUUAAUACAUGUACUAAGUAAGCUUUUUUUACCAGAAAAAAAUGAUACAUUUUAGGAAAGAUGAAAAGUAAAGUAAUUACCAGUAAAUCCUAUUGCUCUUCAGUGCCAAAAUGAAUGGAUUUAUCCUGAGUACAUGGAAUAUACUUGUAUCAGACUUUGUAAUUAUUGGUUUUUCUGUAUAUUCGGUGCUCACCAUGUUGUUCAAAUGAUGCUUUAUCAUUCUAUGUGUCCUGGUGUGAGCCGAAAUUCAGGAAACCCCCAAUGUUGUCAAAGUCUCAGUAAUAACUUGCAUGUUUGAAUGUAAGGCAUCAGGGAAUGAUUGAAGAUUUGGGUUUGCUGGUGGAUUAAUUGCAUGUAUAAUAUUGCCUGUAUUUUAGCAAUGAAUUUAGGAGGGAGGGUUAUGUGCUUUGAGCUCAAUGGUUAUGUAGUGCUAAUUUUGGAAAAUAUGUUCUAGUGAGUUGAAAUUUAAUCCAUAGGGACCAGUCAUCUAAUAUUAAUAUGUACAUAGUUUAGCAGAAUUAUUUUAAUUAUUCUAAUUCUGUUAAUCUUGUUUAAACAUUUUGUAUAUAUAGCACAUUUUUGCAUGCUUUGUGAUGUCUGACAUUUAAAUUUUAGUUACAAAAUUGAUGCUUAUUUAGAGUGUCUGUUUUUACACAGAAAUUGUCGAGGUACUGUGAGUCUUGGUGUCAGAAAACCAGUCUGUUGGCUAUGCAUGUACUUUUAAUGGUCGAGGUACUGUCAGUCUUGGUGUCAUAAAACCAGUCUGUUUGCUAUACAUGUACUUUAUUAUAAAAGCAAUAACCUUGAAGAACAAGAAAUGCAAGCAUUUGAUUCUCCUGUUCUUAACAUUUAUUUUGUGUUUAUAUUUUGGUUUGAAAAAUAGGUUUGCAUGUUUAAUUUCAACAUGCAAGCAUUUAUAAUAUUUGAUUGAGGGUUGGGUUUUUUUGGAAUGAAAUUUAGGUUUGUGAGUUUAGUUCCAGCAUGCAAGAAUUUCUUUCUGUUGUUUAUAACAUUUUUUUGUAUUUUUAUUUUUGGUUGAAAGUUAGGCUGGCGAGUUAGUUCCAACAUUCUACACCCAUAAAUCAUGAUAAUAUUCUAUAUAGGCCAAAAAGGCCAUAAUUUAAAGGCUCUCAUCUUAAUUAUUUUUACCAAAUGGGAUGGGGGAUAAUCAGGCAUUUUUUUAUUUUCAUAAAAAAGAAGAGCACUUUGUUUGAUUUACUUUGGUGCUAUUUGCAAGUUUAAACCACAUAUUUAUACAGUAGCUCUUUUCUCAUAUUAAAAAAAAGGGUCAGGGUUUUCCGAGGGGCAGUUGUGGAUGAGAUGAGAAUAUAAGAAUAUCUUUCCUCCGGCCUUAGUUGAUAGACAAUGUCUUGCCCUUUCAUUUCUAUAAUGUAGCUGGUUAGUAAACACAUUUACAUGUAUCUAGUUAUUGAUCAACAACAAUUGAAUUCUAUAUUUAUUCGAUGUAUAAUCAUGUAAAUUUUACUUGAAAUUUGCUAAAUACUUUUUGUUGUUGUAAUUCAAAUUUUAUCACCAUCUAUUCAUAUUAUUGACCAGAUAUAUAACAAUGUUCGAAUUGUUUUGAUUGCAUGGAAUUUUGAUUGUGUGGAAAUUUUUAUUUUUAUUACAAGAAAGCGAUUUGAGUGAUAAACAAUAAAUUGGGCAUUUGAUGCUCUGUGACCAUGGAUACCAACAGUCUCUGAGUUCAGACCUCAGUGGCAAAUUUUCACAUAUACCUUUCCUUGUAACUUUCCAUCUAGUUGAGUUUUUAUAAUGAAAUUUCCUGAUUUUUAUUACCAUUUGAAAUUUUAAUUUCAACGGGAUAAAGAUGAUUCUUGUAAUUUAAUAAAAGUGCUUUUCUGAGUCUAGACUGAAGACUGUUUGUAAUCAUGCCCCUAGGGUACAUGUUUAUUCAUGAUGAACGAGUUGUAUUUUUAGUUUACAUUGCCAAUUUGAACCAUGUCAAUAUGUUAUAUUUAUAAUAUUGUAAAAUAACAAAUAAAUCUACUUAUUCACAUAAACAAUAUUAUACAAAAUUUUAAUUGUACAUAUCACUCUUGUCACCGACUGGCUGUGGGGUCCAGCUAUUAUAUUUUCUUUCUUCUGUCCUAGCCUCUUUUUAAUAAAGUAAAUAUGGAUAUAUUAAACAGCUGAUUGCAGAUUCACAGAAUGUAAUGAAUGGCAUAAUUUAAAAAUAAUGUCAUCUAAUUCUUAAGUGUAAUGGUGAUCACCAAGAAAUAUAUAAUUUGUUGAAUGAAAUAGUCUUCUUUUUCCGGCCUGUAUAUUUCUUCUAUUGGUAGAGUCAUCGAUAUUUCAAAAUUGGUUGUGUGAUAUUUUAUUAUUAAACAUGAAAUAUGGCAUUUCCAAUUCCAUAGGAGUUGAUAAAAUCAAUUAAAUUGUACAUAGGAGAAUUAUUAAAUCAGUAUUGAGCUUUUUCAUUUGCCAUUUUUAACAGGUUCUAAAAAAGGAUUUUUGAAUACAUAUUUAUUUUCGAUUGUUGUGUAAUUGUUCAAAGCAUGACUAAUUGGUUUUUGGAUCAACUUCAAAUGAAGUGUAAACACUUGUGUUUAUUUGAUGUUUUUUUUUCAUCAUAAAAUAAUGUAUAGUCAUACCUUUAUAUCAUAAAAAUUAAUAGACAUAUGCAGUAUGCAUGAGAGAGUCAGUGAUGGCAGAGUGCUAAGAUAAGUGUUUCUAAUAUGUUAUAUUUUGUUUUAACAUCUGCCCUUGCAAAAUGUUGUACCGAUUGGAACAGCUCGUUCAUUUUCAUUGAAAACAACCUCGGAUAUAUGCCAGUACAUCUGUAGAAGUAGUUUGUAAAAUUAAAUAUAUAAAUAUUGAUUAAUUCUAGUGUUUAAUGUUUAAUUUGUAUUGCCGAGUUCAAAUUGAUUCCCAUUGAAGUGAUUUUUUGCAAAGAGCGUAAAGUCCUUAACUGCUGAACUGAAAUUACAAUGCUAUCUUCUUGCAGCGUAGAUAAAUGCUAAGAAUUCUGAUAUUGUAAACUGUCCAUAUUACACAUUCGAGGUUGUUUUCCAUGAAAAAUGGCUAAAGUGUUCCAAUUGAAUGAUGUACAUGUGAUUAACAAUCUAUAUUUCACUGGACAGAUGUAUGAAAUAUCAAAUUAAAUAAAUAUGAAAUCACAGAGA